CGCAAAAUAAAUGGAUAAACGGAAAGAGAGUAAAAACAAUAAAGAUGAAUGCCUGUCAUCGUCGGAUUCUCACGAUCAAGUAGUAAUUAAUAUGCCACCUGCCGUUGAUCAGGCAAAUGUUGUGUAUCUUCCAGAUGCGAAUUUAGGCGCCACAGAGACGGAAGAAGCUUCUUCAAAUCACAGAUUAGUGGAGAAUCUGUCGAAUGUAGAACCAUUAAAGAACAAACAUAUGUCUUUUGAUCCAGAUGAUCAGCCCAGCACGAGUAGUCAGACCGCAGAAAGGAGACCGAAAUUGGAGGAUUCCUUUGCCAAGGAUCAACUCUGUAAAGCAACGAUUCCAAUCAAAGGCGUACUCUAUCGUGUCUCAUACGAUCUGAAUACAGUUCAAGGUCGAAGUGAAUCACAUCCAACGGUGUAUCUACAAAUACCUGAAUUUUGCGAGCUGGGCACCCAGACAUCAGAAGUACACUCCCAACCUCGACGAUUGCGUUUGGAUCUGACCACUCGGAGACCAGAUCCAAAUCGACCGCCGUGUGAACGCCAACAUCACACUAUCACCAUCAGUGGCAACAAUUUGCCACCCAAUCCUCCCCAGCUUCGGCGAACGAUCUGCGCGCGAAUUGGUCGCUACUUCUGCGAUUUUGUGGCAGCCUUUUGCCUUUGCCUGCAGGUCAACAAGGAUUGUGUCUUCUGUUUGGGUUUCUUUGUGGCCUUCGUCAUCAGUGCUAGUUUCCUCACCGCCUUCUUCUACCGGACCAUCAGUUUUACCUCAUCGCCGGUGCGGGUGGCUGUUCCAUUGAGUGGAACCACGCACUAUGAACUUGCCACUCUGAAGUUCAACGGAGGUUACUACUACAUCUACAAUAAUAACCAACAUAAAUUUGUUUAAACUAAUUCGCUUUUGAGUAUUAUUUGAUUGGAGUUAGCUAUCUAUCUAGUUUUCUGUAAGUAUAAAUUAAGCAAAGAAACAUAUUUUUUUCAUCAUAAAAUUUAACAUCAAAGUUGAGGAACUUAAAUGAAAUACCGAAAUAUAAAUUCCUCAGAUGUAAAAUACUCUUUGCGAAUAUUUUUUAUCGUCUUCAAACAAAGUCGGAUUGUGGAACUUUAAAAAUACAUGACAACCGCAUGGCCAGGUUCAAUCAAUGGUCUUCCAGCAGUCUUUCUGGUUGUCAUGGACUCCAAAGCUUGCAGUUCGCUCACCCCAACUGCUUUUUCCCGCAAACUUUUAUUCUUUUUUUUUUGU